GCGCGGAAGGGCGCAGAGACGCCGGCCGGCCUCUCGCUCGCCCGCCGCUCUUCGCCCAGCCACGCUCGCCCGCCCGCCCGGCGCUGCGCUCCCUCCGGCUCUCCCGUGGACGGCGGCAGGAUGGCCCGCUGGCCCCUCGCGGCCCUCGCGCUGCUGCUGCUGCUGGCCGGCCUGGCCCCCCGCUCAGACGCGCUGGCCGUGAUGUCGGUGGACCUGGGCAGCGAGUCCCUGAAGAUCGCCCUCGUCAAGCCCGGCGUCCCCAUGGAGAUCGUCCUGAACAAGGAAUCUCGCAGGAAAACCCCCGUGGCCGUGGCCUUGAAGGAGAACGAGCGCCUCUUUGGUGACAGCGCCCUGGGAGUGUCCAUAAAGACCCCCAAAGCGGCCUUCCGGUAUUUCCAGGAUCUUCUGGGCAAGCACAUGGGCAACCCCCAGGUGGCGCUGUACCAGUCGCGGUUUCCAGAGCACGAGUUGGUGAAGGAUGCCCGGAGGCAAACGGUCACCUUCAAGAUGUCAGACACAAUCCAGUAUUCUCCGGAGGAGAUCCUCGGCAUGAUCCUAAACUACUCUCGCUCACUGGCAGAGGAUUUUGCAGAACAGCCCGUCAAGGAUGUUGUGGUCACGGUUCCUGCCUUCUUCAACCAGGCAGAGAGGAGAGCCGUCCUGCAUGCAGCAAAAAUGGCUGAUCUCAAGGUUUUGCAGCUCAUCAGCGAUAACACUGCUGUGGCUCUGAACUAUGGCGUAUUUCGGAGGAAGGACAUCAAUGCUACAGCCCAGAACAUCAUGUUUUAUGAUAUGGGCGCAGGCAGCACCGUGUGCACCAUUGUGACCUACCAAACGGUGAAAACGAAGGAGUCGGGCGCCCAGCCUCAGCUGCAGAUCCAGGGGGUCGGAUUUGACCGCACGUUAGGAGGGCUGGAGAUGGAGCUGCGCCUCCGGGGCUAUCUGGCCAAGCACUUCAACAAGCAGCACCCCACCAAGGAUGUCCGGCAAAACCUCCGGGCCAUGGCCAAGCUGUUGAAGGAAGCCAAUCGCCUGAAGACCAUACUUAGUGCCAAUGCUGACCAUGUGGCCCAGGUUGAGGGUCUGCUGGAUGACAUUGACUUCAAGGCCAAGGUUUCGCGGCAGGAGUUUGAGGAGCUGUGCUCUGACUUGUUCCAGCGGGUUGCAGCGCCUGUGCAUCAGGCACUCGAUAGUGCUGGGAUCAGUCUGAAAGAAAUUGACCAAGUGAUCCUAGUUGGAGGUGCCACUCGAGUCCCAAAAGUCCAAGAAAUUCUGCUAAAAGUUGUUGGCAAGGAUGAGCUGGGGAAGAACAUCAAUGCGGAUGAAGCAGCUGCCAUGGGAGCCGUCUACCAGGCAGCUGCACUGAGCAAGGCCUUCAAAGUGAAGCCGUUCCUCAUCCGGGAUGCUGCUGUUUUCCCCAUCCAGGUCGAGUUCACCCGUGAAGUGGAAGAAGAGGAUAAAUCCAGGAGCCUGAAACACAAUCGGCGGAUUCUGUUCCAGCGUAUGGCUCCCUACCCUCAGCGCAAGGUCAUCACUUUCAACCGCUACACAGAUGACUUUGAGUUCCACGUCAACUACGCAGACAUGGACUUCCUGAGCGAGAGUGACCUGCGGAGAUUCGGGUCCUUGAAUCUGACCACAGUGAGACUGCGAGGCGUGGGCGAGAGCUUCCGGAAGCACGUGGACUACGAGUCCAAAGGCAUCAAGGCACAUUUCAACAUGGACGAGAGCGGAGUGCUGAGCCUGGACCGUGUGGAAUCUGUGUUUGAGACCGUGAUGGAGGACAAGCCAGAGGAGGAGUCCACACUUACAAAGCUUGGAAACACCAUCUCCAGCCUGUUUGGAGGAGGCAGUGCUAUUCCAGAAGCCUCAGAAAACCUGACGGAGACUGUUCAGGAGGAAGAGGAGAGCCAGACAGAAGCGGGGAAGGAGGACGAAAGGGAUGCUGCCGGGGCUGCCAGUGAGGAGGAGGUGCAGCAGCAGGCGCCCUCCCCACCCCCCAGUCAGGAGAAAACGGCUGGAGAGGCUUCUGCGGGGGAGGACAGGCGAGAGGGCGCGGGGGAGGAGGCGCCAGACUCCCAGGACGCCAAUGGGAAGCCGGGAUCUGGGAAAGCAGAGGAACCUACCCAGAGUCCUGGGGGCGACAGUGUCAAAGCACCGGAGGAAGAAGAGGAGAAAAAAUCAAAGCCUCCAAAGAAACAGAAGCUGGUGGAGGAGAUCGCAGUGGAGCUAGAUGUGAAUGACAUACUCGACCUCCUGCCAGAAGAACUGCAGGACUCGGUCAAGAAGUUGCAAGACCUGACUGCCAGAGACCUGGAGAAGCAGGAGAGGGAGAGGUCAGCCAACAGCUUGGAGGCCUUCACCUUUGAGACCCAGGACAAGCUCUAUCAGGAGGAGUACCAGCUUGUUUCAUCUGACGAAGAGAGAGAAGAGAUUCUCAGGAAGCUCAGGGAGGCCUCGAGCUGGAUGGAAGAAGAAGGCUACGCUGCCACGACGAAGGAAUUGAAGGAGAGGCUCUUUGAGCUGAAGAAAUUGUGCCGGGGCCUUUUCUUCCGUGUGGAGGAGAGACAGAAGUGGCCGGACCACCUGGCUGCCCUGGAAAGUUUGCUCAAUCAUUCCAGCAUCUUCCUCAAGGGAGCACGAAUGAUCCCAGAGGCUGAUCAGAUAUUCACAGAGGUGGAGCUGAGCACCCUGGAAGCAGCUAUAAACGCAACAGCGUUGUGGAAGAAUGACACGCUGGCCGAGCAGAGCAAGCUGCCACCCACAGAGAAGCCAGUCUUGCUUUCCAAAGACAUUGAGCUGAAGAUGGCCGCCCUGGACAGAGAAGUCCAGUACCUCCUCAACAAGGCCAAGUUUGCCAAACCCAAACCCAAGAAGAAGGAGAAUGCCACUAAAACAGAAGCAGAUAAACCAAACAAUGCCAGCCCAGUCAAAGAGCCACCCACCCAGGAGAGCUCCAUAUUGGAUGAUGAAUCAAGACCAGACGCAGACCAACAAACAGAAAAGAAUUCAGAAGCAAAAGAAGACACCAGAACAAAUGAUGAAUUAUAACAGUUCUGAAAUCUUG